AUGUCUGGGGUGCUGGCGGUUGAAUUGACGGUGGGGGAAGAGGAGCCCCCGACGAAUGAAUGCCCGGUGGCACCCGAGUUCCCUGGCAAUGAGAGGCAAGAGAGGGGGAGAGGCGAGAGAGAGGCAGAGAGAGGUGAGGGAGAGAGAAUUAAGGGUCCUCGGUGCCUGAAGGGCCGCCGAGAAGAGCCAAAGAGCGGCCGAGAAAACCACACCAGAAGAAGCAAGGGGUGUGAUCGACUCGUUACCACCCCAAGCGCCAGAGCCAGGACCACGAAUGUCAUCUACCAGGCCGAAGAACCGGAAGAAUCAUCUACCCGUUUCCGUAAUCUUCGCACGCCUCCACCGGCAAUGCAUUGGGCUGGCGGGGGCAAGGCAGAAGAAUAUUUGUCAACGAAUAAUCUGGCCCCCCCACACACCAACGAUAGAAUUAUUGAUGUGUGGAUAAACCGAGCCGGAGGGAUAAGAAUAGGUGUUCACGGUCCCGCCGGAGCCGUGAACACCGGCAAAGAAAGAGCAGCACGGUGCUGUUAUUCCCGGAAACUUGUUGGAGGGGCACCCGCAGCCCCGCAGGAUAACGUGGGAGAUGGCGGGUCCCCGCAAGGAUCCCGCCCAUCUGAGGGUGAAGGCUGUGGUGGUGGAAGCAGCGAGGCCGGAGAGGAAGAAGAAGGCAGAGGCGGAGGCGCUAUAAAGGAGAGGCGGGGAGAGGAAGAAGAAGGCAGAGGCAGAGGCAGAGAAAGCGAGGGAGAGGCCAGAGAGGAAGAGCAGGUGGAGCCGGAGAGGAAGCAGCAGGCAGAGGCACCCGGAUCGCAGAAGGCGAACGGGAUUCCGGAGCCGUCAAACGGCGAGAAGAGACAGCCGGAUUGA